AGAAAACGUAGAACAUAUGGUAGGCUGGGGCUAAGGGCAGUUUGGAGUUAGGCUACAUUAAAACCGAAAGAGGAAACGGCAAAUUAGAACCGUAGCGAGGAAGGUGCAGGGUCUGUGUUGCGAAGCUAAGGCUUUUUUCUGUAGAUAUUGCAUCUAUCUGCCGAAUAUCGGAGUAGUGGUGUAGGCUAAGGACAAGGUUUGACUGGGAUUACAUUAGGCUAGAGUCAAAAGCACAUAUGCCAAGACAUUAAGGAAAAACUGAAAAUUGAUUCAAAUUAGUUCCUCAGAAAUUUCUCAAGAUGCAUCCAACAGGAAAUGGAAAAGAAAAUAUGGUCUUUACAAGAUACAACGUCUGUAGAACAUGGACAAAACUCUCAUCGUUACAGCGGACAAGAUUCUUACUGUAUUUUCUUUUUGCAUGUCUGAUAUAUGUUUCUGUCAAGUUAUACUUGAUUGAAUCUCUUCCUGCUGGGGUGGAUCUUUGUCAACUUUUAAGUAAGGAUAUCGAUGUAGAAAAACUGCCCAAUGAAUCGUGGUGGCAGUAUAUUUGUCUCUUUGAAAGAGAAAUGGACAAACCUUUGACUUAUAUCUGUAAAGAGACGAGAUAUGUAGGGAACUGGAAAGUUUGUUUGGAUGAAAGAUAUAUUCCUAAAAAGCCAUGCUUGGUGUAUUCAUUCGGGAUCGCUUAUGAUUUUUCGUUUGAUGAAGGAAUGGCUAAAUAUGGUUGUGAGGUCUAUUCAUUUGAUCCCAGUAUGGGUUUGGAUGAUCAUCAACAUAGUGAAGGAGUGUAUUUUAAAAAUCUUGGGCUAAGUUAUAAAGAUGAGGAUGGUUUUGUACCAAGAUUUGAUGAAUUUGUUAAUAAACCUCAGAAGUGGAAAGUUCGAACUCUGAAAUCCAUCAUGAAACAGUUGAAUCACGAGAAGAGAGUAAUCGAUGUGUUAAAAUUUGACGUGGAAGGAGGCGAGUGGGAGGUCAUACAAAAUAUUAUUCAGGACGGAAUGGUACCACAAAUUCGACAGUUACUGACAGAGUGGCACAUCUUUCCGGACUUUCCCCCCAGAAAGACUUUAAAAUCUAACCUAAAAAAUAUUCAAAGUUUAGAAACUCUUGGACUAAAAAGAUUUCAUUCAUUUUCAUUCUAUCGUGUUCAUAGAAAUAUGUUUUUUAAUUCUCAAUCAGAUGCUUGCUAUGUCAACUCUACUUUAUGAAACGGUGUUUACUCUACUUGGAAAAUCAUAUGAAAUGGUUUUUUAAUUUAAUUUGAAAAUAAGAAUAAAAUUUUGUUUGG